CAAGUAUCUUUGGAAUUACUUUGUCUAUUUUGUUCUUAAUUAGUUUAGUGGAAAGUAAUUAACAGUCUAAAAUGAGUUUAAACAAAAUUUUAAGCUUAUGUGCUAUAAUAGUUUGUUUAAAGUUUGUGUUGUCUAGUCCUAUACCAGUGCCAGAAAAUGUUAUAACACAAUUGGUAGAAGUGGAAGCCGUUUCGCCAAUUCAAGCGGUUUCAAUUGAAUCUAAUCCAAACAAUAUUCCAAUUCGAAUUGCACGCCACUUGAACAGGUGGCGAGCAAGACACGGAGGCUGCCAUCUGUGUGGUGGCGGUGGCUACAGAGGUGUUGGUUUUAGCGGCGCACAAAGUUCCGCAUCAUCUGGUGGCGGUGCUUAUGGAGGUGGUGGUAUUAACGGCGCACAAAGUUUCGCUGGAUCAUCUGCAUCAGCUGGAUCUGGUGGAUAUGGAGGAAGUUCUCAAACACAAGCACAAUCCCAAUCUCAAACAGCUAGUUUUAAUAUUGGAUCAUUAUUUUCAGCGUCAAUUUCGUCUUCAUCCUCAUCUGCAUCCAGUCGUUCUGGAGGUGGAUGGUUUUAAUUACGAUGAGAAGUUAAUGUGAUUAUAGUUUAUUAUUAAAACGACUGAGGGAAUGGCUAAGUACAAUGUACAAGCCGUUUGUCCAUUAUUAAUUUUUUAAGAACAAUUUUAGUUUUUAACUUUAAAA